AUGCAGUCCCGGGAAGAAGCUUCGCGCUCUCGCCGCCUCGCCAGUCCCCGCGGCGGGAAGCGCCCCAAAAGGGUUCACAAACCCACGGUUUCGGCUUUUUUCACGGGCCCGGAGGAGCUGAAGGACACGGGCCAUUCUGCAGCUCUGCUGGCCCAGCUCAAGUCCUUCUACGAUGCGCGGCUUCUCUGCGAUGUGACCAUCGAGGUGGUCACCCCCGGCAGCGGGCCCGGCACGGGCCGCCUCUUCCCCUGCAACCGUAACGUGCUGGCGGCCGCGUGUCCCUACUUCAAGAGCAUGUUCACCGGCGGCAUGUACGAGAGCCAUCAGACGAACGUGACCAUGCACGACGUGGACGCCGAGUCCUUCGAGGUGCUGGUCGAUUACUGCUACACCGGUCGCGUGUCCCUGAGUGAAUCGAACGUGGAGCGCCUUUAUGCAGCCUCCGACAUGCUGCAGCUGGAGUACGUGCGGGAAGCCUGUGCCUCCUUCCUAGCCCGCCGCCUUGACCUGGCCAACUGCACGGCCAUCUUCAAGUUUGCUGAUGCCUUCGGCCAUCGCAAGCUGCGAUCACAGGCCCAGUCCUUUAUAGCCCACAACUUCAAGCAGCUCAGCCAGAUGAGUCCAAUUCGCGAAGAGUCCCUGGCAGAUCUGACCCUGGCCCAGCUGCUGACCGUCCUGCGCCUGGACAGCCUCAACAUCGAGCACGAGCAGACCGUGUGUCAUGUGGCGGUGCAGUGGUUGGAGGCGGCUCCCAAGGAGCGGGGUCCCAGCGCCGCAGAAGUCUUCAAGUGUGUCCGCUGGACCCACUUCUCUGACGAAGAUCGGGGCUACCUGGAAGAGCUGCUGACCAACACCGUGGUGGAGAAGUACUGUCUGGACCUCGUUGAAGGGGCCCGGCAGAUGCGGUAUGGUGACACAUUGUGCAAGUCUCUGGUGCCCAAGCCAGAGAGCAGCGGUGGCAGCAGUGGCAGUGGCGUUGUUAGCUGCGUUGCUUGUGGUGGUGGUGGUGGUGGUGGUGGUGGUGGUGGUGGUGGCGGUGGCAGCAGCAGUGUCCUUAACGUUGUUCUUGGCAGUGGAAGCAGCAGCUCCGUUGUGCCCAUGGCUGAUCAUCCACCUCAGAGGCUAGGUGUGUAUGCCAAGAAGAUGGUGAUCUUCUUUGGCCAUCCCAGAGAUCCCUUUCUGUGCUGUGACCCAUACUCGGGGGAUAUUUACAAAGUGCCAUCACCUCUGACCUGCCUUGCUCACACUAGGACUGUGACCACCUUAGCUGUCUGUGUCUCUCCAGACCAUGACAUCUAUCUGGCCGCCCAGCCCAGGAAGGAUCUCUGGGUGUAUAAACCAGCCCAGAAUAGUUGGCAGCAGCUUGCUGACCGCCUGCUCUGCCGGGAGGGCAUGGACGUGGCAUACCUCAAUGGCUACAUCUACAUCCUGGGUGGGCGGGACCCCAUUACCGGCAUUAAACUGAAGGAGGUGGAGUGCUACAGUGUCCAGAGGAACCAGUGGGCGCUGGUGGCUCCGCUGCCCCAUUCCUUUAUUUCCUUUGACCUGAUGGUCAUUCAGAACUAUCUGUACGCUCUCAACAGUAAGCGCAUGUUCUGCUUUGAUCCCAGCCACAAUAUGUGGCUGAAGUGCGUUUCUCUGAAGCGCAAUGAUUUUCAGGAAGCCUGUGUCUUCAACGAUGAGAUCUAUUGCAUCUGCGACAUCCCUGUCAUGAAGGUGUACAAUCCAGUCAGAGGAGAGUGGAGGCAGAUUAAUAACAUCCCCUUGGUGUCGGAGACUAACAACUACCGGAUUAUCAAUCAUGGCCAAAAACUGUUGCUGAUCACCUCCCGCACCCCGCAGUGGAAGAAGAACCGGGUGACCGUGUAUGAAUACGAUGUUAGGGGUGACCAGUGGAUUAAUAUAGGUACCACAUUAGGCCUGUUCCAGUUCGAUUCUAACUUUUUUUGCCUCUCAGCUCGCGUUUAUCCUUCCUGUCUUGAACCUGGUCAGAGUUUUCUCACUGAGGAGGAAGAAGUACCUAGUGAAUCCAGCACUGAGUGGGAUUUAGGUGGGUUCAGUGAGCUGGAUUCUGAAUCAGGGAGCUCAAGCUCUUUAUCUGAUGAUGAUUUGUGGGUUCAGGUAGCCCCUCAGUGA